GUAACUCCAAUAGAAUACACCGCAAGAGAAAGAACCAAAACUAUCCCUUUAUACUGCCUUACAGGUUGCAGAGCAGUCUCAAGCUCUCAAGUCUCCGCCAGCCAGAAGUUACUCACGACCACGAUCACGAUCGUAACAAAUCGUCAGGCUAACAAGAGGCAGUGCAUAGCGUAGUACGUAGUUAACAGUAGCUUCUCAGUACGCUUUGUAUAUUUUGACGGCACGAAUCGGCGCGGCGUCUAUUAAUACGCGCAUAAGAAACAAAAAAUAGUAUUUAUUAAUUUGUUUGUUUAAGUUUAUUAUGAAUUUAAAUUAUCAUAUUUUUAUUGAAAAUCGUGAUAGCAAAAAAUAAAUUGUGAAUUUAUUGAGGAAAUUCUAUAAAAUAUAUUCUGUAUUUUUUAAAUAUAUAUUAAUACCUGGAAAGCUGUGCUAUGUUUUUGGUAUAUCAGUGAGAUAAUAAAGUUAAGUGCAAGGCAAAGUGCAGUGAAGUGAGGCGAAUUAUUUGAGUUUGAGUUUGAUAAGAGUGGAAAAAAGUUAUAAAGCACAAAACAUUGGAUUACAUUUAAAAAUUGCAGCGCAAUAAUUACAAAAAUUCAAUAUAUUUAUCAUUUUAUGGAUACAAAUUUGAAUUCGGAUAAGAUAAGAUAUAUUCGUUGGGUGUUUUGGCGGCCUGCGCGGUGGUGUACGGGUACUGUAGGGGUGACAACGCAGAGCGGAGGCAGUGGUAAAGGUAAAAACAUCUUACUUUAUCUUUGGGCUUGUAUACAUUGUAUAUAGUGCGUGCAACCAGAAAGGAAAAACUUUUUUGCAAGCCAAAAAGUUUAGUUGAAACUUUUGAAUGAGAGAAGGACCCUCCACUUCUCAAAAUUAAUAACAACUAUGCCAUCACCAACCAUAAUCAGUUGCUGAACUGUAAUUACUAUUUGCAACAACGACGAAGUCUGAAAGGACGGACAGCGAAACGGGACCGCAUUUGCAGCAACCCUAUGGGAAAGUGCAUAUCCAAACAACCCUCGGCUAUAACAAUAGCAUUGUCCACAACAGAUUUGGCAACAGCAAAUCAUAUUCUGAGCAAAUUCUCGGACAAAACUGAUUACAUAUCACUCAAGGACGAACUCGGAAAUCCGCUGUACGAAUAUUUCGGCGAAGGCAAGACUGAAAUAUUCUACUGCCCCAGAAAGGACAAUAGCAACUUGACUACUGGCUGUUGGAAAGAAUCAACAUUAACAACAACAACCGAAUCUACUGAGGAUACCAACAAUAAUAGGAAUUAUCGACGAAACAGACAAGAACGGGAGGCAGCAGCAGCAGCGGCAGCAAGAGCGGGAGUUCCGGUUGAUUGUAACAGCUUUGGUGACACUGGAUGUGGUUUAGAUAAUGAGGGUCAAUCAGAAAGUAAGAAAAGCUCAAAAAAGGCCGGCGGCCCGGAAACAAAGGGCACGGCUAUGUCCUUUGGUUUUCGUAAGAAACUCCAUACAACACCGAAGAAAUCUAAAAAUCUACAAAAACAGAAAGAAAUGCUCGAAAACAAUUUGACACAAAAUUGCGAUGAAAAGACAAAACAAAAACACAAUUUUGAUACUGUGAUAAUGAAUACUGCAGAUGUGAUGGUGGAGAAUAUUAAGACAGCAGGUACAACAACAACAACCACUGGAAAUUCACAGAAAAACGAUAAGAAUGGAAAUACAGAAUCAACUACAACAAUACCAUCGUCAACAACAACAACAACAACCCCAAUGGUAACCUUUGAGAAAGUAGGUGCGGGAAAGACUCAACAUCAGACAACAACUCAAGGAGUGCCAAACGAUAACACCACUGCUGUCGUUGGACGUUCCAUUCUAAGCAAUGGUGGUGGGACUGGGACCGGUGGUGGUGGUGCCAUCAACCGGAGCAAUCGCUUUGGCUUCAAAGGCACAAAUACAGUGCGGCCAGCUUCGACAGGAAUCACUCCCAGGUACCAGAGCGAUUUCCAAGAUAACGUUGACAACAAUAAUUACAGCCAGGCCGGCAACUAUAACAACAUCAACAACAAUAACAUCAAUUCCACAAUCAAACGUAGAUCGAAGAGCGCACAUUCUGGUCGUGCAAUGACACCGAAUCUAUCGAAUCUCGAUCGGCAACAACAAUUCGAUGAAUCAAGACAUCAGCCACAUGCUCCCAAAAUAACUCAGAAAUCACUCAACUACCACAGUAAUGAGUAUCAGCGGAGCCGGCUGCAGUUUCUGCAGCACCAACAGCCCCAUCAGCCGCAGCAACAGGCACAUAGGCCGACACCAUGCUUGGUGAAUCCACCUCAGUAUACGUUCGUCAAUACUGGAAUGCACACAAAUGUUAUUGUCCGACCAACACCUCGUCCACCGUCGGCAACGUUCUCAAAAUUCACUCUGCAGACAACAAGUCUCCCGAAGCCGGAAUAUCCAGUGCCAAUUCGAUUGGCUCCAUCGUCAUCGUCGUCAGCAGCAGCAGCAGCAUCAACAACAACAUCAACGGCAUCAGCGUCAUCUUCCACAGCAGCAUCAGCUCCUCAGAUGGAUCAAAAGACCGCCAAACAAAUGGCCAACAACAAUCGUAAAGGAUUCCAAGGCAGUCGUGAGAUUUCCGCUGAUUCGGGAAUAGCUAGUUUGGACACCACUUUGACUGAGCCGCAACCAACCCAACCGGGUUCACCUAGAAGGAAUCGUAGUCGCCCUCGGAAUCUACAGAUGGUCAUGAGCGGAAGACACAAGUUUGAGGUGCGCGAUUUGGAAGAUCCUCUGUCCAGCAGUGAUAGCGCAGUCGAGCCAUUGGCAUUGCCUAAGUUACCCAGUGCUUUUUCAUCGGACAAUCAGACAGUGCCACUGAGUGGACUGAUUCGUUCGAAUACCGUUUUAACUAGGGAAGCGUUCUUCCGGUCGACUGGUUCGACAGAUGAACAAGAUUCAACAGAUAUUGGACAGCAUCAAAAAACUCUUAAAAACACAUCAGACAGUGAAGGUCUGGAGGAGGAGAAACUAUUUUUGGACCGAUCCACUUCGGAAAAGUGUGCCAAAAGCCAUCAAUUUAAAGACAUAAAUACAUUUAGUAAAAAUUCAUCUCCUGGAAGCUCAAGGACAUCAUGGUGUAACGCUGGUGAAUCGUUAGCCAUAAAAGAUUGUAGUAGUUUAAGCAUAAGCAGCAGUGACGAAAGCAAGGAUAAUCACAAUGAAAAAACCGAUGCUAUAUUGCCAAUAACCGAGGACAUAAGUCCCACAAUGAUCAGUGAUAUUGCAAUAAGUUCCAUUUCAUCCAUCACAGAAUCUGGCCCACAGCUUGAAAUCGAACAACAAGAUGAGAAAAUACAAAAAGACUUUGAGAUCGAUUGCGAUGUUGAAGCCGAUGUCGACGUUGAAAGCAAACCAGAAAGACCAAUAUCACUUACAAAUAUUACAGAGUCUAAAUUCGCCGAAAUGGCGGCAGCUGUUGCGUCUGAGUUCCUUUUGGACGAUGAGACAUCGCCCACAGAUAGUUUGGUUAGCAGCACAGAGUCAGAAGAUGUGGUCUGUAAGCGGCAGAAAAAGAAGAACAAUCUUGAGAUCCAGGAAAAGGACAUCGAUGAGAUAUCCCCUGAGUUUGAGGUUUGUUCUCCACUUUCUCCAGGUACUCCGACGCAUGCUUCGCAUUCGCUAUCGCUCUCCGAUUGCGGUCGGGAUUUUCUGAUUGACGAUGAGAUUGCUGAUCAGCCGGCGUUGUUAUUCAAUGAAUCGAAUGAUGGUAUCGAACUAGGUGCUCACGUUGGUCAUUCGCAUACAGACACACCAACUCUAAUGGAAACUGGGUCAAUGAGGUCACUUAAAAGUCAAUCAAAGGCACGAAGUGCUCUUCAAGCUGCCAUUGAAUUAAGUCUCAGAACACCGGUAUCUCUGCGGAAGGUCGUUCUGAAUCGAGCCGAAUCCUUGGAUACAUUGUCACCAUGUGAAUCGAUUUGCUCUGAUGACAUGAUGAUGGACUUCGAUGUCAACAGCAGUAUGGAUUCGAUUGAUAACAGGAUGUCUGCAUCGAUUAGAAGUCGCAGCGGAUCGGCUUUGCACAAAAUGGACGAUUCACAGAUGCUUUCGGAGCUUGAAGGCAAAGGCAGCGAUAUGAUGAGGGAAUUGAAUACAAUCCUUCGAGUGCAUAAUAGAAACGAAAAGGACAAUAAUAUGAUCGCACACUUGCCAGCACGUGCAACACGACUCCUCAAUCGGUCCCGCCUGCAACAGUGCCAGCUGAGUAAUAACGGCUCUGACAGCCCAAAAUCAACAGAUAGCUUCCGAAGAACACCAUCCCGUGCAUCAUCGUUGCACCACAGCCAAAGGGAUACCAAUAGUUCAUCAGAUGAUUUAAUGUUGCAUGAUAAAUCGUUUAGAAAUGCAAUGAUACAAGAUGUUUUACAUUUUAAGAAACAAUUGUUGCGACUUAGACGGAUCCUUCAGGAGGACGAAGAAUGUUUGAUGAGGACAGACACUCUCAACCCAUUCGAUACGACAAAUGGGCAACUCUUUGCAUCCUGUGGAUUGGAUACGAAAUUUUUGGAAGACAUUGAUGUGGCUAGCUUGACAUCAUCAACAACUGACGAUCCAGUACAGGAGUUAGCUGAUCUACGAAGACAGGUGGUUUAUCUUCAGGGACAAGUUGAUGACCGUGAUAGAACAAUACGGAUACAAAAAACUUUAAUUGACAAACUUGAAUCGGAUAAUGGAAAAUAUCCACAAAUUUUAUCCGAAAAAGAGUGUGUGAACACUGCUACUCAAACCGAAAGGACCCGUCCACUUUCAAUUGGCCCUGAAGGAUUAUCAAGAAGUAAACCUGAAUAUACAAGUUAUACCACACAUUUCCCUGCCACGACGAUAAUCACAACCACUACUUCUCCGCCGUUAAAUAAUAACAGUAAUGGAGCAGCGUCAACGCAGCAAGCGUUAACACCAACAAAUAAUCAAACCCGACGCCAUACUGUUAUUUCAACAACAUUCACCAACUAUAAUCAAAUUUCACCAUCGCCUCGAAGAGCAUCAAUUGCUUGGGAACAACAACGUCCCAAUAAUGCUGCUACAGUUGUUUAUAAGCCCGUUAAGAUAACCCUUAUUGGUGAUCCAAUGUGUCAAAUGUCAACAAUGACAACUGCGUCAGAAAUCAAAGGCAAACACAAUGGAUCAAUAUCACCAACAACACCAGUAACAAAAUCAUGCAAUGGUGGUGAUUUGAAAGUUAAUAGUUCCUCAAAUACUAAUAGUAGUAGCAGUAGCAGUAGUAGUAGUGAUUUAGUAGUGGAUGAAGAAAACCGAAGAAACUUACUCAAUGGUUACCAUAAUAAACAUCAUCAUAAUAAUAAUUCGUGCAAUGGCAAAGAAAAUGGUUAUGAAGAAAUUGAAGUCAGGAAUCGCAAUCAUCAUAAUCAUCAUCAUCAAAAUAUAAAUCAUUUAAAAAAACAUAAUCAUCAGCUACAUCUUCCGCAGCUAAAUCAACAACAACAACAAAAGAAACAACAAAAUUUAACCCCUACUGUUACGAUAGUCUGACUUUAGUGAUUUGUACUCGAUAGGAAAUUAAGUAUUAAAAACAAAAAAUAACAAAUUUUGACAAACAACAAAAGUAAUAUUUAAACAAACAAAAAAAACAUUAUUAAAAACAUAAACUUUUGACUAUUAACUUAAACAAAAAUAAAAAAAAAUAUAUACUCAUACACAAAACAAAAACUUUCUUAAGGAAUAUCAUACAACCAUAUAAUUACAAUAUAUUCUAAAACCCAAAAUAGCUUUUUCAAUAACAUUAUAAGGCAGGUGAAAUGACAGUGAUUAUGAUUUCAAUACUCAGUUUAAAGUUACUUAAUUUUUGAAACAAAAUAUUAUUGAUUUAAUGUUUGAUUUUAAUAUUUACAAAAUGUAAUAGUUUUCGCACAAAAUCAAAACCAAAAAAGUACUGAAUAACUUUCAAAUCCAGGAGGAAGCACUGUGCUUGGACCGUUUUAUACUAUUUAACAAUUUUCGAUUUUGAAAUUAGCUUGAAAAUAUGUAUUUUGUAUUUCAAAAUUUUCUCAGAAUGGCAAAUAUGAUUUUUGUAAUUUAAACAUUAAAAUCUCAUCACAAUAAGUUUACUUUGUUGUUUACAGCAGUGCUGUCUUCCACAGUUAAUGUGUGGGACUACCUGCAAUAUCUUAUUCGAGAGUCAGAUGUUUUUAAAGAUAAAACAUUGUUACAAAUUUUAAAGGAGUCAACCUAGAACCAAAAAUGUCACAACUUUGAAGAAAUUGUUUAGAGAAGACAGUUUAAGUAUAGUAUUUUCAUUGUAAAUCAAUCUAAAGCGAAUUUUAGACAAAUUUCCUAUAAUAUCAGGAAAUUUAGUAGAAUUGAAACAUUUAUAAAAGGCCAACAACAUCGAAUGCAUUAAUGUCAAAACAUAAGCUUGUUUUACUUUAUCACUUAACUGAAAUCUAAUUUUCAAUAUUGUAAGAUUUUUGACUCAGAACUUCAUAAUACGCAAUGAAAUUUCCAAUCCACUUAUUUUGACGUCACCUUAAAUGCCUACGUGAUAAAGAUAUUUUUUUAAAUAAGUAGAAAUGAGAUAAAUUGGAUAGACGUUAACAGUGUCUUGCGGAGUGAGUCGAAGAUGAAGUACACAUUUGUUUUCCAACUUUGUGAAAUUAAACUAUUGAGAUAUUCUAAAGUUAUUUACAACACUUAUAAAAAGCUUGAUACUUCAAAAUAAAUUUUGUUUUCUCUCAAGCGUGUGUUUUGAUUUACAAAAUAUUACUUAACCGCUGAUAAUGCUCAAAAAGUUCGAAAACACAUAUUUUUAUGGGAUACAACAGUUAUCUUUUUAACGUCAAACAAAUUUUAUGAAUUUUGAAAUGUUUCAAAGAGUGUUUAAUUUUGUUUGUAUAUAUUUUUUGAGUCAUUUGAUUUUAAAAUCACGUUUUGAACUUUGCCUGGGUAAAAUAUAAAUAUAAUGUUAUUGAUUUAAAAACAAAUACAAUAACACAGCAAUAAAGAUACAUUAUUUUUUCUAAUAAAACGAAGUUCUCAUUUUUUUAAUUUUGAAAGAGAUCACCAGAAAAGCAACUAUCAAAAAUUGCACAAUGUUUUAUAAAUAAAACUAUAACUAUUUUUAUUAUUAAUUUUAAGAAAUGGAGUCGGAAGAUUUUAAGUUAACUAAUAUUACAAAAAACAGAAAAAGAAAUAAGCUCGGUAUAAGUUUUUUUGUUUGUAUAAAUUCUAAUAUAUAUAAUUUUAAGUUUAAAAACUAGAAUUAAUUUUAAACAUUUUGCCACGCGGAGACUUUAUACUAUAGAGUUAUAUAGUUUCUGUAGUUAUUACUUUUAUUUCUUUUUUAUUCUAAGAAGAUUUUUUAAAAUCCAUCCAAUGAAUGAUAAUAUUGAAUAUUUUUGUUUAUAUUCUCUUUUAAUAGAUAAUCUUUUUUCUUUUAGUUUUGAAUUGAUAAUGGUCAAAGUGAAAAGAACAAUUCAUUAAAAACGGUUAUAUCAUAAUUUAAUUUAAAAUGAUUAAAGUUAUUAAACUUAAUAUUUAUUAAUGUUGUUAUUAAAUUCAUUAUUAUCAUUAUACAUCCCCUCUACCAAUUAUUGAAAUAUAAAUCAUUGUAAAACAAUAAGCAAAAUAUUAUUACCUACUUUAUUAUUAUCCUGUAGUAGCUAAAUAUAUAUACUUAAAAUAUUAAUAAUAAUUAUUUAUAUGUAAUAGCUAUGUAUUACUAUUUAAACAAACUCAUGUAUAAUUAUUGCAAUUAUAUUAUUAAAACAAAUAAGAAAGUGCGUGAUUGAAGAACCUAAGUGUAGGAAUUAAAAAACAAACAAAUGCAGACAUUUUAACUAUGGUGGAACUUUAAGUUUUUAAAUAUUAAAAUAAAAAUGAUAAUAAAAUGGAAAGUGAGAAAAAAAAUUAAAAAGAAAGAAAGAAGAAAAGGCGAAUGUAUUGAAGAAUGAAAAAAUAAAAUGAUCAAAUUUUGAUUUGUUUACUAUAUACUGAAA